AUGGAGUCGCCCCUCCCUUCCACGGAGGAGCCUGUGUCUCCCGGCAAGCCUUCUAAGUACCUCAUCUGCCGGCCGGAGAGGGUCGGGAUUCUCGACAUCUUCCGCCUUCUGUUCACUAGUCGGAGGUUCCUCGACUACCAUAGCUUCGUGCAGAGCAGCAGCCCCCCGAUCUCUGCCGAGCUCGAGGCGGCCAUCCCCGAGCCCAACGUCAUUAUCUCUGCCAUGCUGCUGAAGAUCCUCCACGUCCUCAGAAAGCCCCUGGCGCUUCUGGGGAGAAUGGUGGAAUACUGCCUCAACCUCCUCUGCCUCAACGGCGGCUACAUGGGCUUCCUCAGGAACAUCGUCACAGGUUGUUCUCUUUCUCUUCGCCUGAGGAUCCUGUCCAUUGUGCUUGUGGAGAAGGGUCUUCUUCUUUCUCGGCUAACCAUUCUUCCCUCGGCGGAUGCCUAUUGCGAGCGACCAUGCAGUGAACGUGACUUUUCCCGACAAAGGAGCGCCGAGCUACCGUUCGAUCAUCAGCCUCGUGGACGGGCGGCUCGAUCUCUACAGAAAGCCCUCCCCCAAGGAGUACCUCCCACUUCUGGAUCUGCAGGAGCUGGGGGACGACGUCACUCCCUUGGACCUGACCACCAUGGCCUCCAAGAUCGCCUACGAGAACCCCGCCUAUAUCAGGGAGGCCGUCGACAGUCACCUCAAGGUUGUCUUCAUUCCAGCUUCCCUGUCCGUUCCGUUUUCUGCGCCGCCUGCGAUGGGUUCAAGCAGCACGUCGAAGCUCUCUUUCUUAGCCUAAUCUGACCAAUUUUCCGCGUCUCGUUCCGCGCAGAUGAACUUCGUAGAAUUCUUCAACUGCUGGAACAGUAAGUACCCAUCGACACUGCUGGUUGUUCUUAUCCAACAUGAGGGACGGCGACUUGCCCGCUCAUCAAUUCAUCUCAGCCAAGGUUUCUUUUUAGUUUAGUUUACGGCCUGUGGGAUUUUCCCUCAGUGAAGGAGACAUCUCUACAUUCUUCCCGUUCCGCACACCAAGCUUUAAGAGAGAUCAAGUCAUCCUCCUUCCCCUCCUCCUCCAAAGGGAAACAAGGCCCGACUCUUGAAUCACCUUCUUUCUCAUUACGCCGGGACGUGCGGGACAUGAAACCGUAGGAGAGUGAUGAUGGCGGCGGGCAUGAAAACCUUAAGAGUAGUGAUAACAACGAUAAAUGGAUAAUUACAAUGGGUGAUGCAUGCAGAGUUCCUUGAAGCCAAGUCGACCCAGGCUUUCGUCUUCACCGACAAGAAGGAGGACGCGAGGUGGAUCUUCCUCGUCUUCCGUGGGACAGAGCUCUUCGACGCCAUGGACUGGUCGGCCGACCUCGACAUCUCCCGCAUCCACAUCAACGACAAGAUGGGCAGCGUCCAUCUCGGCUUCAUGAAGGCCCUCGGCCUCCAGGACGAGACCGAUUUCGCCAAGGGCUUCCCCAUAGACGAUGCAGGAACAGAAGACAAGCCGCUCGCCUACUACGCCAUUAGAACUGCGCUUUCCAAGCUGCUGGAGGAGCACCCGCGGGCGACCAUCCUCCUCACCGGGCACAGCCAGGGCGGCGCCCUGGCGGUGCUCUUCUCGGCGCUGCUCGCCUACCACGGCCGGCGGGACUUGCUGGAGAGGAUCGAAGGGGUGGUGACGCACGGCCAGCCCAGGGUGGGAGACAGCACCUUCGCCGCCUACAUGGACUCCAUGGUUAGCCUCAAGUACUACCGGACGGUCUACCGCCACGACAUCGUGCCCCGCAUCCCCUUCGACCAGCCGCCCAUCUUCAACUUCAGGCACUUCGGCGUCUGCAUCUACUACGAGGGAUGGUACACCCGCAAGGUACGUCGCACCUGCUCACCAUGAGCGUUCAGAUAAGCCGACGGCGGCGGCGCCGUCUUCGUCCCCGUUCUCACGUGGUGGUUGUCAAAAUGUGCAUGAAGAUGGCCGGCGACGACGAGCCCAACCCCAACUUCUUCGAUUGGUCCUUCCUGGGGGAGAUGUUCCGAGGCUCGUGGGACGACCUGUCGGACGCCCUCGACGCCGCGAAGAAGGAAGGGAAGGAGUUUGAGGAGGGAUGGAUCUCGCUCUUCCUUCGGCUGUACGGUCUCACCUUCCCCGGGAUGGCCUUCCACAGCCCCCGCGACUACCUCAACGCCGCCAGGCUAUCCAAGGUCGCCAUCAAGGACGACGCAGACCUCCUCUGA